GGCUACAAAGUCUACUACACCACAAAUCCCAAUCAACCGGAGGCAUCUUGGGACUCACAAAUGGUGGACAAUAGCGAAUUGACAACCAUUUCGGAAUUGACGCCGCAUGCCAUUUACACGGUGCGUGUGCAAGCGUAUACCUCAAUGGGAGCCGGUCCCAUGUCCACACCGGUGCAAGUGAAGACACAGCAAG